AUAGCUUCCCAAUCGGAAGCUGCAAAUGAGGAAAGUGUUCCGCAAAAAAUAGCUUCCCAACCGGAAUUGGAAUCAGAAGCGUCAAAUUUAAGGCAGUCGCAAAUUGUAAGUGCGACUGAGAAAAUGAUUUCGGUUCUAGCAGAUGCCGGUUGUACACUGAUUAAUCCCUUGGGUCCGCCUUGUUUACCGUCUGACCUACAUAAGCUUCGGAACAAGCUCCAGAGUGUUUUAUCAUCUGAUUCAUCUCGAAAGUCUGAGUUCCUCCAAGGUCUCUCGAGUUACGUUAAUUCUCACAGCAACCUUCGCCGUAUUUUAUCACCUUCAAGACGUGUUGGGCUUGGAUCGCUACGAAGUGACAGCCUGGCAAGAGUACUGCUUCUGGUUCCUUCAGUCCAAUCAGACAUUCAAAACUUGCUGCUUGAAAAGCUUCCUGAGUAUUUUGAUGUGGACCCCGCUGGAAGUAUCGGAGGGAGAUAAUCCUCUUUAUGUAUUGAAGAAGACAUAGCAAGGCUGAUUCUGAACCAAUUCCGGUGGCUUGACUUCCUUGUGGAUUCAGAAGCAUUUACAGAAAAACUGUUACAAGUGUUAUCUAUUUCCCCCGUUCAUUUGAAGAAGGAGAUAAUUGGGUCCUUGCCCGAGAUUAUUGGGGAGAAAAACAACAAAACUGUCGUAGAUUCGCUUCAGGACAUGCUUCAAGAGGAUUCUUCCAUUAUCGUUCCCAUGCUUGAUUGUUUCUCUAACCUCCAUUUGGAUGAUAUGUUGCAAGACCAGGUCAUUACAGUGGCUUUGUCUUGUAUCCGAACUAUUGAUGCGGAGCAUAUUCCCUACCUAUUGAGAUUCUUACUGCUUUUGGAUACGCCAACCAAUAUUCGUAGGAUUAUUUCACACAUCCGACAUCAACUCAAACUUGUUGGAGCAUCGAAUGUUUGGACCACACAACAGAGUAAGAUGAAGGGAAAGUCAGUCGUCAACAAUGAAGAAGCUUCAAUACUUGAUGCCUUGCGAACAAGUCUUCGAUUUAAUAAAGUGGUAAUUUGCCAAGAAACAUUGAAUGAACUGAAAAGCCUUGAGAAAGUUCAGGAUCAUAAGGUGAUUGACAUAUGGUUGCUCACGCUUGUAUACAUGAACAGCGAGCCUUUACAAAAGAUUGUUGAGAAAUUACUGAAGAAGAAAAUUCUUGAGGGAUGUAUUGUGGAAACUAUGUUUGAUCAAUGUGUUUCUGGGAAUACAGAUUUGGCUCGGGAUUAUCUUCCUACACUCCUUUCCAUUUCUGAGUACUUACUGGCUUGCAAAGAAGAUAAAGCCCGGGAAUUCGGCAUUCACAUGUACACAAAUCUGUUCAAAGAGCUUGUGGAUAGUUACUCAAGACAGGAAGUCCUUGGAGCAUUAAUUACUCACGUGGGCUCUGGGAUAAGUCAUGAAGUGAGUUCUGCUAUGGAUGUGAUGGUCCUCCUUGCUUUGAAGUACUCACAGGAGUUGGUUCCACUUUCUUCUCAUAUAACUGGCAUCCUAGAUUACUUGGAGGCAUUUAGUGUUGAAAACCUGCAUAAGGUAUAUGAAACCUUCAGUCUUCUGGCAUUUUCUGCUGAAGUGACUGCAGGGCCCUUUGGAUCUCCUAUUUCAAAUGAACUACUAGUGAUUGUGAGAAAGCAGCUGAGUCAUCCUGAUCUUGUUUAUAAGAAGAUGGGCUUAAUUGGCACUCUUAAGAUAGUCUCCUACCUCGGGGAUGCAAAGACUACGAAGCUUCUUCCAUCAUCUAUGUCAAAUUACGAGGAAGCUUUGGAGCUCUUGGAAACAUCUAUGAACUCUUGCAAACAGCUGCCACUUCCGUUAAUUAUGUUUUAUGAUGAACUGGCUUUUACAUUGAAGAAAAAAGCACUUCAUCCGGCCAUAGUCGAAUGGACAAGCAAACAUGUUGGGGACUUUGAAACAAAGUUUUUGUGUGACCUCGAUGGUGGGGUGCUUAUGGUCAAAGAGUUAUGUUGUGGGUUGGAAGGAGAUUUAUGGAUGAACCUCGACGGAGACAUAUCUCCUAUAUGUCUCAACAUCUUGCCACUUGUAUCCUCUUCUUUGCGGGCUGCUUCAUCACUGCAAAUUCUUCCUGCAAACUUCGUUUUGCUAUCUUCAAUUGAGGGGUUGGCAAAUCAAGGAUCUCUUGCUGGAAUUGAUGCUCUUCUUGGCUGCCCUAUACACCUUCCUUCCUCUAAGUUCUUCUGUGAAAUGCUUUGGGGCUCUUUAAGUGGAAAGCAAAAGCAAAUCAUUAUUCUAUCAUUGUACUAUGCUGCCAAUUGGCGCGGGAACUGGUAGGUACUCAAUGCCUAUUGUACUCAAGCUGUCGAUGAGUUUAAUGCAGCCAGUCAAGCAACAAGAGAGGAGAUAACUCUUAAACUAUUUAAGCGGUUGAGGAAUCUUGUAUUUUUGGAGAGCUUGCUAAACAGUUCCCUCAAACAGUGCUCUCUUUCCUUACCUGCACUCCAACCUCUUCUGGAGUCCUUGUCGCUGAACCAACUUGAUCAUAAUAGAAAUCAGGAGAUGAAGAAUGAGAAUGGUAAUGGUAAUAUUGGUCCAUCACAAAAGAAGAAGAAAGAGAAGAAGAGCAGCCAAAUAUCACUUACUGAUGGAAAAUUUAGGCAGCCAACCAUCAUGGAUGCUUUGAGGAAAGCAGGUGCGAUUCCAAGCCAGGAACCAAGUAUGGGUCCUUCUGGAAUGUGUUCAAAAGGCAGCGCAUCUGAGCCAUCAAGGAAUCAACAAUGCAAUAUUAAUAUGUCAGCGAAUGUAGAUGUUUCUACCGCUGUGGAUCAUGUCGAAGCACAAAGACACAAGUUCAGGCCUCUUUUGUUGGAUUGCUUUACAAUCUUAACUUUUCAGAAGACUCAGCAUUCCUGUUGUGCAGAUCCAGCUGCUGAGUUGCCCCUUUGUCUAUAUAUUCCGAGGGAUCUAAACAGAAAGCUGGACUACUUUAAUCCACGAAGGCAUAUAUUGGUUAGGCACAUGAGUGUUCCUCUUGCUUUUGGUGAGAUGAAAGUAAUAGAGUUCAUAAGCAAAAUUCAGCCACUAUUUCCUUCCCUUAGAAGGCAUUUGGAUUCUGCAGUAUCUGGUCUUAGAGAAGAUACAGACACAUGCCCAGAUCAUUGGAGAACUCAUUCUGCCUUUGCUGGAAAUCCUGAUAUACCCAACAUUACAAGCUUUAGACCAUCAGCUUCUAGAUCUAUCAUAAAAGAGAUACUUCAAUGCUUCGGCAAGGCAUCAAACAUUCCGGAUGUUCAGAGAGACAGGUCAGUACUUUCUGAUCUUCUGGAGGCAUUCCAGCCAAUCAGCAUUUCAGACUGCUUUUUCAAAGGCAUGCAGUUGAUUCCAUCACCAGGAGAUAUGGCUUAUUUGUAUGCUGGUGCAUAUUCAUUUGUUGGGAAUAUCUUUGAUGCAGCCUGUGCUGUCUCAUUUGCUUUAGCUUCCAAAGUAUUGUUAAGCUUGGAAUCAAUGCUUGUGUCUUUCCAGACUAUCCUAGCUAUCUUCUUUUCUGUCCAAGAAGCUGGGAACUUUUGCUUACAAACUUUUGAUGCAAAAGAGUUAUGUGUUAAGGACAUUGAAGAUGGUCAGAAAGUCAAAGCGGAGUUCAUUCAAAAGCUUUUACGAAUUUACUUGGAAAAUAGCCAGUCCACUUCCGAUUCCCUAAGUGAACUUGCCUGCUCUGUUUUGCCCCAGGUUUUAUCACGCAGAUCUGCAGUGGAGGAUGGCUGUUGUUUUCCUACUCUCUGUCCUGCAACAUUUUGCAUUUGGUACAGGGGACAGAGAUUUUAUGUGUGCUUAAGAAGGUGUUUACUGAAGAUGAUUUUAAUGCUGCAGCAUGAAGAGAACCUUGCCAUGAUUAACCGCUUGGUAAAGGAAAUUUUACUUCUGGAGAAAGCCAGGGGUGGUGGUGAAGUGGAAGAAGUUAAAUGCCUUCUGAAGAAACUACAACAAUCUGUUAAUGUGGCUGUAUCUUUAGUCAAUUUGUGCAAGACCCAUGAUAAGGUCAAUGUACGUGCAAUAGCUGUCAAGUUUGGAGGGAAGUUUGUUGACUCUUUCCUCAAAGCUUUUGGCUUCUUGCAGGGGCAAUUUGAAUUGCACCAUGAGCAAAUAAUUAAGAUGGUUAGAGAGCUUCAGACGGCGACGAGAACUAUCCAGACACUAUGUUCAGACGCAAAGGGCAUGAAACAAACAACAAUAACCUGCAAAAUCCCCAUUGCCAAGAGAUCUAUGGAGCGAUUGUUAUUUCGUGUUAAGGAACUUCUUCACUCAACGUCAACUGGAUACACUUUUUGGAUGGGUAUUUUAACCUUGCAUUUACCUUAUAUGACCAUAAUCAGAUAGUUGAUCAAAUGGUGGUUUAUACUAUCAUUUUUGUGUUGAUCAAUUUUUCUGUGAUUUAAAAAACAAAAUAUCUUUCCAUGUUCAAUACAUGCACAAAUUUGAUUGAUAUGAUAUUAAUUUGAUCCAUUCUGGGAAAGCAUACACCACAUCUGUUACAUUCAUGGGAACUAUGCCAAACAAAUUAUGAUGCUAGGAGAAUUCCUUUUAAAGCCGAGUGUGUGGUGGUCCUUUUCCAGAAUUAGAAAAGUAUGAUAAUCAAGUUUCAUGCUUCUGGUGAUUCUUCUGGUGUCCUCACAUAUAUGUGGAAGUUCGUUAACAGUUUUGUUGCAUUGAUAACUAGCAUUGUCUACUUGUAGAAGUUCUUGAUGCUUCAGGCCUAAUACGUAUAUGUUGGUGGGUGGGUGGAUCCUUAGGAACUUGCCCAGCCUUUAGUUGUACAACUCUGCAUUUGCUCUAUGUAGGAACGUGUCCAGCCUCUUAAAAUAUUUGAAUUAUAAGAAAAUGUAUUCAUAGUACUUUUGUAUAGUUCCUAAAUAUAUAGGAGUAAGUUUCAGUUAAAAAUCAAGAAAUUGAUAUCCGAAAUUAGAUGUGUUGACUGUUGUAAUUUGAACCCUUCUUUUCUAGUAGGGAGUAUUGACGAUUUUUUUCAUGUAUUUGCUGGUUUGCACAUCUUACAGAUUAACCAUUGGAAGAAAUGUUAUGGUUUAGCCCUUAUUGCCGUGUUGCAAUCUGGGAUUGUUGGCAGUAUUUGUUGCAUGGAGAUCCUUAAUUAUAAAAUGAGCUUCCCCUAGGUUUCACACCUGCAGCUCAGUCACAUCUAUUGUUGGAAAGUUUCGCCCAGAUUGUCAUUUUCAUACGUUCCUAUAUGGUUUAUAAGUAGCCUCAAUCUCAAAGUUUUUCUCGAUAUCUCCUUGUAAUGUAAAAUACACUUUGUUUAUAAACUAGAAAAUUUGCUGAAACAAUUAGCAUGUCUUGGAUUCUUGUUAACUUGAAUUAAGUUUGGGAAUUAUACAUCCAUGUAACCUCAU